GCCCUGGGAGACAGAAGUGACAGCGAAGUGUCAGGGACAUGAGGGCACAGCCCCACAGGCACCAGCCUCGGGGGCAGAGAUAAGGUCUAAGUGUCACAGGGGAAGACGACAGACAAAAGGAAGGACCAGAAACACCUUCCUGGGACCCUGGCUCGCCUGUGUGCUUUCAGACACCACAGGCCUUGCGCCCCAGCCCUGGUCUCCUCUGCCAGCUUCCUUCGACCCUCGCAACAGCUGCCUCCCACCCACAAAUGCCAUGUAUAAUUAGCUCUGCUUCAUCUCUUUUUUGGGGGGUGGGGGUAAGUACUGGGGAUCGAACUCACAAUCUCACGCUUGCCAGGCAAGCACUUGCACUGCUGAGCUAUACUCCUGGCCCCUUCUGCUUCAUCUCUCUAGCAAAUUACUUCCCCCUGUCUGCUCCUUUCCUUCCCCUUAGCCCACAUCUGCCUCACACGGGCUUCCAAGGAGCAGCUCUGCUGAGCACAGACCAGGGCUCUGUCCCCUCCCUACUGUCCCCUCCCCACUGCCUGGCUGCCUGUGCUCUGAGGGUGGGUCUGAGGACACAGCCUCAAACAGCUCGCUCUAGAUAGCAGGAGAGCAAGCAGGAGACCAGCUUGACCCUAAGUGUACACCAGUAGCUCCCAGAGGGCAGAGCCCAUGGUUUCUUUUAUGAUCUCGCCAGCACAGCGUGGGGGGAAAGAGAGCUAUAUUUUUUUUUUUCACUUUUUUUUUUAUCGGUACCGGGGAUCGAACUCACGACCGCCUGCUUGUAAGGCAGGUGCUUAUGCCGCUGAGCUAAAUCCCCAGCCCUGAGAGAGAGCUAUAUUUUAAUAAUCCAAAGAAUAAUAAACAAGCAGCUCAGUGGGCAAGUGCUGUGGGGUAGAGAAGCAGCUCCGCAGCAGAGCCUGAGGUGCCAACCCCAGCCCCUGAUGAGGUCUGCAGGAUGAAUUCCAUCGCGCCCUCCCUUGCUGGGAGACCUCUGUGGGGUCUGCCCACUGCGGGGAGAGCUGUGCAGCACACCUGAGUGACAGCGUGGUGGCCUGUCUAGUGCGGAACUGUACACUCUAUGAGACAGGCCAGGAGGAAAGUUGGAUGGUCAGUGACCCAGGAAUAAGAGGGUGUGGCUGGAGUUAAGCUGCCAGGCCUUGGCCAACUGGUUCAGGGCAAGGGGAACACAGAAACAGGAAGCACUACUCAGCCCUGCCCUGCCCAGCCCAGCCCCUCCCACAGGCCCAGCUGACUUCCCUCUCCCUGGAGAGCGGCCCUCCUGGCCAGACCUCUAGGGCAUCAACAGUUCAAAGCAGCAUCACCUGGCCCAGCACCUCUGCAGAAGCAGGGCCCAAAGGAGGCCAGAUGCAGAGGGGAAGGAUGAGCGGCCCUCAGGGUGAGGAGGGAGGAGCAGGCAACCAGCAGCCGGGCUGGCUGGCAGACCACAGGGAGGGCACUGCUCCCUUCCCCACCUUACUGCUGGAGUCACCCUGCAUGGCCUGGCCCUGGGAGGAGCUGAGCCCUUCACAGGCUGCUUCCCGUUAACACGCCCUCUGCCUCCAUCCACAGUCUCCAUUCCUGCAGACUCUGCUAAUGAGGGCCUGUCACUAGGCCCCAGGCCUGAGUCACCUACCCCAGUGACAGGUUUCUCACCCUUCUGGGCUCCUCCCAGACACACCAGGGGCUGGGGCCAGGGUGGUGGGGCUAUGGUGAGACAGGAAGCAGCAUGGUGACACACAACCCAGGCUGCCCCCAGACCAGUCUCAAGAGGAAUCCGAAGCUCCUCGUCGCCCUGGGGUGUUGGCCACAGCUGCCCCGCUCCUGCCUGCGGAUGCUGCAAUUACCUUGGAGCAUGAAACCGGCUUCCCACCUGACUGAGUCAGCUGAAAACAAAACACCGCCACUGCCACACUGGCACAAACAGCCAAGCCACUAAUCAGAGUCUCACAGCCAUCAGCAGAGAAGGCACAGUCCUCCGCUGGCCUAGAGACGGCGGUGCCCACAGCAGAGGGUGAGCCCGGCCAUCCCCUCCCGCCUGCGGAUGGAGCUGUGAGAGGAUCUUCCUGUGCCACCACUGCCCUCGCUCCAGCUCAGUAAGUGCUCUGUUCCCGCUGGGGUUUUUUCCACUGUCCUGUCAGGUAACCAGGUCACUCCUGUUCCUGUGGGACCUCUUGCUGCCAGAACUCCCAGCUCUUUGCUCUUCUGGACAAAAAGCACUCUUCCUGGGCCUUGUGCCACCAUCCAAGAUGCUGGCCAGAAGACCAUGCUGAGUGGAAACCCAGGUCUCUGUUCCUAGCACACCCAGGCUGUCCCUGACUCUUGGCAUUCAGGGCCCAGUGGGGACCAGAUGGUCACUGGUUGCUGUUAAGUGCCUGACUGUUGAGCUUCCGAGGUGUCUGAAGUUCCCCUGGGUCAAUGGAGACCUGGCGGAAAGGCUCCUUCCGCAAUGCCUCCUUCCUCAAGCGGCUGACCCUGGGACGGCCACGGCGACUCCGACGACAGGGCAGUGUACUUAGCCAGGCCAGCACUGCCGGUGGUGACCACGAGGAGUACAGUAAUCGUGAGGUCAUCCGGGAACUCCGAGGGAGGCCAGAUGGGCGGCGUCUGCCUUUGUGGGGGGAUGAGCAGCCCCGGGCCACCCUGCUGGCUCCACCUAAGCCUCCUCGCCUCUACCGAGAAAGCUCCAGCUGCCCCAACAUCCUGGAGCCCCCAGCCGCCUACGCUGCUGCCUACUCGGCCACCCUGCCCUCGACGCUCUCCCUGGUGGGCACCCUCCACCAGUCCUCAGAGGAAGACCUUUCAGACACUGUCCCCUUCCAGAGGACACCUUCUCCGGACCUCAGUGAUCCUUUCUCCUCCUUCAAGGUGGACCUGGGGAUUUCGCUUCUUGAGGAGGUUCUACAGAUGCUGAGGGAGCAGUUCCCCAGCGAGCUCAGCUUCUGAGUGGGGUGAGCGGGGCAGAGCGGGGGCAACAGAAGAGCUGGACCCUGGUAACCCAGGGGAGGAGGGUGUAGCUGAGCAACAAGGGCAAGGCAGGGGUGCUUCCUGCCUUCAGUCCUGAACAGUUGUUCCAGGCACCCCAGAAUGAAAAGACCAGCCAGUGGACAUGUGGGGGAUCAUUUUCUAUCUAGCAGGAGCCCUGAAGGAAGCUGCUGAAGCCAGGAAGGAGGGGCCACACCCGAUAACCACAGAGGCCAGCAGAGUGACAAGAUGGCACAGGGGCGAGCCAGGGCGAGGGCACCAACUGGCAGAAUAGACACUGCCCUGCAGCAGCCUCCUCUGGAGCCACUGUCAGCAGAGGGGUCACAGGACACAUCUGGGCAAAAGUGGUCCAACCCAGGCUGAAGGGGCAGUGGGGAGGCUUGAGAAGAGAGGGAAAGAGGCCUGCUUUGUCCAGUCUGGUAGCCACUUGCUACAUGUGGCUAUUCAAAUACCUUGAAGUAAAACUGCAAAGUGAGUUCCUGGCUGCAUAGUUAUACCUGGUAAAUGGUGCCACGCUGGAGGCAUAAGCAAGAACACGGAUAGCCUUGGACUAAGUUCCUUGGACAGGCUGGCAGGGCAGAAGUUAGAGACUGAAAUGCAGGAAGACCACCAAACAAAUCAUUAAUAGGAAAGAGGACAUAAGAGACAGCCUGUCACCACACCUGCCUGAGCAACCCUGAGGCCCGAGGGAGGGAAUGUCAGCCAAAGGUACCAACACAGCUUGCAAAAGGGUGCCUUAGGGAUCCCCACAAGUGUUAACGAUGGCAGCCUUGGGCAAUACUGCAGAAACGGUAGCAGAUUCCUUCGUGAGGAGACAAGAGGACUGGAUCAGGGCGGAUACUAAACCAUAAAGCAGUGAACCUGGUCUCCAGAAUCUUCCACCAAACCUGGGGAGCUCUGCCUUGCCCAACCCCUGACAGUGGGACUACCAGCCCAGCCAAGCCCACUAGGUCCAGUGAGCCAGUGUGCCACUGCCUCACCCUGUGGCCUGGCAAGAAGACUGGAAGCCAGAGCUCAGGAGCACUCUGAUACACGCUGCCUCCACAACCUAAAUCUCUGGCCUCCUUUCCUCCUCUUGUGUGGAGAUGCCAAGCUAUAUGUCCCUUUGUAUGUACAGGAGAUAAUAAAAUUCUUUCCACUACAA